AUGGCUUACCCAUACUAUUCUCCCCCACCACCAGCACCUCCUCCUCCUCCUCAAUGUAACCCUGUCACAGCGGCACCACGUCCACCAGAACACCACCACCAUAAACAUCCAGAAUCACCCCCACCUCAACAUGGCUAUCCACUACCUCCUCCUCCUCCACACCACCCUUAUCCUCCCCCGGAAGCACCUAAACCUCCAGAUCCACCACCUCUAAACCCCACACCAGCAGUACCAUGUUCUCCCAAAGGGGCACCGCCAGCCCCUACUACCAAACCACUUCCUCCACCAACACCUUAUAAACCACCUCCAACACCCUCUAAAACCCCAGUUACUCCACCAAAACCAUCUCCAUGCAAACCACCUUCACACCUCCACCGGAAUUAUCUCCAAAUGCACCACCAUCUCAUAAUCAUACGCCUCCUCCUGAAUUAUCCCCAAAUUCACCACAAUCACAUUAUAAUGCUCCUCCACCAAAACCAUCUCCAUAUACACCGCCUUCACCAAAACCAUCUCCAUGCAAACCACCUUCACACUAUCACACCCCUCCACCAAAUAUAUCUCCAAAUACACCACCAUCUCAUUGUCACGCCUCCACCUAAAUCAUCCCCAAAUACACCACCAUCAAAUUAUAACGCUUCUCCACCAAAAUUAUCUCCAUACACACCACCAUCUCAUAACCACACGCCUCCACCUAAAUCAUUCCCAAAUUCACCACCAUCGCAAUAUAACGGUCCUCCACCAAAAUUAUCUCCAUAUACACCACCAUCUCAUAACCACACGCCUCCACCUAAAUCAUCCCCAAAUUCACCACCAUCGCAAUAUAACGCUCCUCCACCAAAAUUAUCUCCAUAUACACCACCAUCUCAUAACCACACGCCUCCACCUAAAUCAUCCCCAAAUUCACCACCAUCACAAUAUAACGCUCCUCCACCAAAACCAUUUCCAUAUACACCGCCUUCGCUACCAUCUCCAUAUACACCACCAAAUCAGGGCAAUACUCCGCCUAUCUUCCGGACACCACCACCACCACCCCCUUUUGGAGCAGUUCCGCCAUCAUCAAACGUUGUUUCGCCACCGCCAGGAGGAGGUAACCAAACUACUGUUAUAGCGGUAUGCGUCUCACUUGGUGGCAUCUUCGUUGCAUUUCUCCUGGUUGGUCUCUUCUGCUUAGCUAAGAAGAAAAAACCAGUGAUGGUUCCUGCAGCUGCUCCUGCUUAUAUUGAAGAACAUGAAGAAAUUCAUGAGACAAUCGCUACAGGUCCAUAUGGAGAACAAGUUGUGACAGUUUCAGUCGAGGAUGAUGUGCGAAUACAUGAAGCUAUUGGCGGUACUGGUGUUGUUGGUUCGCACUAUGGAGCUCCUGGAGGUCCUCGUCCUGAACUGGGUCUCAAAGGAGGUCCUUCUUAUCGUCCAAGUCUCUCUCUGUUUGUAUUCAAUUGA